AAUGUCUGUCAGCUGUCAUGGAAUAUCUUUAACCUUAAGGUCGGAUUAACUCCUUCUGGUGAUGGCUGAUCUAUUUAAGACCGCCCUCGGCUACCUUGGGGCUAAUGAUGCUACCACUCUCAAUGACUUUGUCGGCCAAGAAGUGGAAAUUAAUAAUAUUCGUCUACGUAUUAGAAAACUUAUAGCUGAAGGAGGAUUUGCCUUUGUAUAUGUUGGACAAGACCUCAGUAAUGGACGGACAUUUGCUCUUAAGCGACUGUUGGGUGCCGACCAGGUCUCCUGUGACGCCAUACGUCAGGAAAUAGCAAUAUCUAAACAGCUGUCUGGACACCCAUACAUUGUUGAAUUUGUUGCAGCAGUGGCCAUAGAUAAGAACCAGAGUAAAGAAAACAGAAAUGAGUUCCUUCUAUUGAGUGAACUAUGUACAGGAGGUUCACUAGUGGACGCCUUGAGACUCUUAGAUGGUAAGCUGCUAACGGUGGAUCAAGUGUGCACCAUAAUGUACCAGACUACCAAGGCCGUACAACAUAUGCAGGCUCAGAAUCCCCCAAUCACUCACCGAGACCUAAAAGUGGAAAAUCUACUCAUCAGCGAAUCUGGCCACAUUAAACUGUGUGAUUUUGGAUCAGCCAUGACGAAGACCUACACAGUUGACUUAGUAUGGAGCGCACAUCAGCGAGGGAUGCUGGAGGAUGAGAUGGCUCAACACACAACACCAAUGUACCGGGCUCCUGAGAUGCUCGACACCUGGAGUAACUAUCCCAUCAACGGCCAAGCUGACGUUUGGGCUCUGGGCUGUAUCCUCUACUACCUCUGUUACCUUAAGCAUCCCUUUGAGGAUUCUGCAAAGUUAAGGAUUGUAAAUGGUAAUUUUGCCAUUCCUUCAAAUGACGGCAAAUAUGAAUGUUUCCACGAAAUAAUCCGAGGCAUGCUGAAGGUGGAUCCAACCAAGAGAUUUAAGGUGUCAGAUAUCUUGGAAAGAUUAGCAGCCAUCGCAGAGACCAAAGGGUUUGACUUAAAAGAUCCGUUAACAAUAAAGUGUAAGAAGAUUGAGCUGACUGUCCCAGUACAACAGCCUGAGAGUAACGGCAGGGUUGGUGAGAGACGUUUGGCACCUCCCGACCGUCCCGACCGUCCUCCUGCCCGUCCUCCUGCCCGUCCUCCUGCCCCUCGUUCUCCAGUGCCCAGCCGACCUCCACCUCCAGGUUCACAGCCCCAGCAAGGUAUGAGCGCUCCUGGUGUGCAGACUCCCCAACAAGCUGCUGCUGGCGGGUUGUUCUCCUCCAUUAAAGGUUACUCUGGCAGUAUCUUCAAGAACCUCAAGGAUACUUCCAGCAGGGUCAUGCAGACUGUUAGCCAGUCAAUCGCUCGGACUGAUCUUGACCUAUCACACAUAACAUCACGGGUCGUGGCCAUGUCGUACCCAGCCGAGGGGUUAGAGUCGGCGUACAGAAACCACGUGGAGGACGUUAAAGCUGUGUUGGAGGGGAGACAUCCUGGUCAUUAUGUGAUCUAUAAUGUAUCAGGCAGACAGUAUCACUCUACAAAGUUCACUACAAGAGUGGUCGAGGGGAACUGGUCGGGGAAGAAAGCCCCGACACUGGGAGCCUUGUAUAACUUGGCUUGUAGUAUUCAUGAUUACUUAGCUAAGGAUCUUAAGAACAUCGUAGUUGUUCACUGUAUUGAUGGUAAAGCCUCAACUGCUAUGCUGGUGUGUUCAUUCCUCUUGGUAUCCCACGCUUUCAAGAGACCCGAACAAGCCCUAAAUAUGUUUGCCAUAAAAAGAUGUCCGCCUGAUCUCCAACCAUCACAGUUCAAGUACCUGGAAUAUGUGGGUGACCUGGUGUCGUCUCCACCUGGCCUACCACACUUCAAGCCUGUCACCCUCACCUCAAUCAUUGUGUCACCAAUCCCACUCUUUACUCAGAGAAGGGAUGGUGCUCGUCCAUAUGUAGAAGUGUGGCAAGGUGAUCACAAGAUGUUGUCCACCCUACAAGAGUAUGACCACAUGAAGCUCUACAUGCCACAAGAUAACAAGAUCAUCAUUCCUAUCAAUAUACAUCUAGUGGGGGACGUGUGUGUGUACGUCUACCAUGCCAGAAAAAUGAUGGGUAAAGUAAUAGGGGUGAAGAUUGCCCAACUACAGUUUCACACGGGCUUUAUACCAGAAGAAGAUACCUCGUUAAAAUUUAGUUUGCGAGAUUUGGACGACGUGUCGGAGCCCGAUCGCUACCCAGAACGCUUCACCGUGACGGUGAAUAUUUUUGUGUCCGACGUAGACCGUACGCCACCCCAGCCUCCCCCUUGGGUGACAAGACCAGCUUCCUCUUUCAAGCCUCAGGUGGCAUACUCUACUGCUAUUGAGAUGGAGGAAACAAGAGAAAAAUUUGCAGCGAGUGCACAUGGAUCACCUGCAGCUCAGAGGCGAGAUUCUGCACCAAGACCUGGGUUGGUCACCGCCCCAGCCUCUAAAGCUGACUUCAUGGCCACAAUCAACUGGGGUGGAAAACCAGAACAAACUGAGACAGGUGAGGAAGUUGAGGAUCUUAUAUCAGAUGAAGAAGACGACCCAAUCUGCCAGCAAGGAGACGCUACAGUUCCGGAUGUUGGCAUCUCAAAAGAAGCCGACUUACUCAACUGGGGUUUUUCAGCCCAGAAUACAACAGCGACCGAUGCCGAGCGAGUUACUAACGACAUGAACUUGCUCGACAUUGCUGGAUCAGAUGGCAUGAAAAGAGAUCCAAGUAACUUUGAUCUCCUCAGUGGGAUUGCCGGCGGUGGCACUCGCGAACCGAAAGCCAAUUCUUCCGUCAACGCCGGAGAAACCGCGAGCGCUCAAGAAAAUUUGUUUGAUCCAUUUGGGACUUCAACUGGUGACCCACACUCAGCAGGUGGUCAGGCAGCUACACAAGAUCUCUUUGGUUCAUUUGCAGCACCUCAGCCACAGCUAAAAAACAACCUAUUUGGUCAGCUGGGGGCACCGGCAGCGAUGGGUGGCCCGAGUCCAAUUUCAUCUUCGGGCAGUCCUAUGACGGGUCCUCGGAUGAUGGGGGUGGCGACCAGUCCGAACAAUGCCAUGGGUAGUGGCUUUAUACCUCGUUCUCCGGCACCACAACAACAACAAAACAAACCUGUCGAUCCAUUUGCUGACCUCGGAAAUUUGGCAGGCCUGAGUGGAUGGGGUGGCUCCAAGCCCACCACACCUAUGGGAGGAACUCCUGCUGGUGGGACGCCCUUGGGUGGCAGUACUCCUGUGAUGGGCUCUCCACAGCACCGGCCUCAGAUGGCUGGAGGGUGGCAAGGACAAACACCAGGUAUGAUGGGAUCACAGUUGGGUGGCUGGCAGCAAAUGACCAGACCUCAGCAACCACCAGCACCGCAGCAACAACAACCACCACUGACACAGCCGCAGCAACCACCACCACCACCACAGCAACAACAACAACCACCACCGACACAGCAGCAACCAAUUCCUGGGAAAACUCCAACAGGUACACCGCACCACCAGAUGAAAUCACCAAAUUAUGGACGUGUUAAUUUUGAUGUUUCUGGUAAAAAUGCCGGGGGAACACCGAAGGGCAGAGUUGGUGAAGAUGCUUUUGGUGACUUACUUGGUUCUCAAGGGUUCAGCUUCAGCAGUGGGAAGGACACUGGCCCUCGUACCAUGGCAGAGAUGAAGAAGGUGGAGCUGGCCAAGUGUAUGGACCCAGAGAAGCUUAAGGUAAUGGAAUGGACUGAAGGCAAGAAGAAAAAUAUUCGUGCUCUUCUCUGUUCCCUCAAUACAAUCAUCUGGGAUGGUUGCAAGUGGCAUGAGUGCGGGAUGCAUCAGCUGGUGCAACAGAAUGACGUUAAGAAGAUGUACCGCAAGGCUUGUCUAGCUGUCCAUCCAGAUAAGUGCUCCGGGACAGAACACGAGUCUCUUGCCAAACUCAUAUUUAUGGAACUUAAUGACGCUUACUCCGAAUUUGAAAACGACACCAGCCAGCAGCAAAUAUUUAAUUAAGAAUUGGUUAAACUGAUUGAAUGCUUACGUUUGUUAUUGAUCAGUCCAGUUGAUGGUGUGGUGUUGAAGUGUGUGUAAUUAUUAAGCUAAACUAUUGAUGGUAUAUACAGUAUAGUCCAGCUUUGCUCUGGUAGAAGGGCAGUCUCUCAGUUUCUGUUAAGUUGGCAUUCACAGAAUAUAUAGACCCAGCCGCCAUGAUAGAGAUAUAUACUGUAAGCUCAGAUAUCAUCCAGGUUUAGUCCUUUUGAAAUGAACAUUAAUAACUGUGCUUUUACAUUUGAGCUGGACCACCAUCAUACUGUAUAUGUGUUUGGUCUAUAGCAUCUUUUGUUGUGUGUAGGAGCGUGAGGGAGAACUUACCACUUGUUAUAAUAUAGUUGUAAAGUAGUUCAUUAUAAUCAGUGUUAUAACACUUGCCCAUAGUAUAAGUUUUGUAAGUGGUGACAUAUUAUUAUGCUUGUACUGUACAGCAAUGCUGAACUGUAACUUACUACAGAACAGUACAGUAGUGACUAAUAUCAGCAAGUAGGAUUCUCAAAUUUGUAUAUGAAUAACACCCUUGAAGUAGAAAUGUAAGAGAUAUUUAUUUGAGAUAGAAAACAAAUACUGUAUUACAGAAUUAUCAUGUUAAUUGGCCUUGCUUAUGGGCAUUAGUGUUAUAUUGAAUAUUGUUUUAUCUGUGGCUGCAGAAUGUGUGGCUUUAUCCUACUACUCUAAGUUCAUGGUUCACAGUUUUUAGAAUAUCAUUUAAUUUAAUUUAUAUCAGAUUAAAGUAUUUUAUCAGAGAUUUUGGAUUGGUGUAUUAUAUAAGGUGGAGCUGUUAUGAGGUGACUCACCGGGAGCAUAAUUGUUGUGAGAAAAUGUGAUGAGAUUCAGGUUAUGUAGAACACUUAAUUUGUAGGUAAGACUCAUUUAUGUUUCUCUGAUAGGUUUAACGCAACGUACAUACAGUAUAACCUCUAUUUAAUUGGCCACGCGCAGAGGAGAGUCCGUUAUGUAGAGGGUCCAUUAGAUGUAAAACCUCCAUAUAACGAACUAUAUAGCGAUGGAAGUCUGUUACAUCGAGAGUCCGUUAGAUGGGAGACCCCCAUAUAAUGGAUUACAUGGAGAGAGAAGUCCGUUAUAUGGAGGUUUCACUGUACAGCUGUUGUAAUGUCCUAUGUUAAUUCUCACUGUCGUUGGGUUCUAUUUGACAAACCUUCAAGAACCCAGAUCCAGAUCUUCUCUCUCUCACAGAUACUAAUUUUCUCUUCUCAUUAUCACAAUUAGAGCCCAGUUGAUGGUCUUCAGUGAAUGUCGUGUGUGUGUGUGUGUGUGUGUGUGCGCGUGUGUGCGUGCGUUAUGCUGUGGUUAUUACAGACAACAGCUCUUGUACAUCUUACGUACAUCACUGCAUCUAUAUUUCUUGUAAUUAUUUGAUGGGGAGUUCAUGUUAGUAUAGUUAAUUAGGACUACAAAUCUCAUAGGUGUGUGUUCAUGUAGGCACUCCAAUAUAUUCACCUCAUAUUUUAUAUUUUUCACCAUUAAGUUACAUUGUCAUUAUGUCUUUGUGAUAGUAGGAAAAACAAACAACUAAAACUAAGAGUACAGCAGUCAUUUAUCACACAUUGUUUUUCGAUGUAGAUUACCAAAUUUAACAGUCUAGUGAUGAGUUUUUGUAACCCUUGAUUUUCUCAGGUACUGUAUUCAUAUUUCUAGUUGGAUAAAUUGUUGCAAUUCACUUUAUAUUUUCAUAUGUAGCUUUCAAGUUCCUCGCCAUCAUCAUUCAUUAUAGUUAUUCUUUAUUACACUGGGUUUAUAUAUACAGUAUUGUUAUUAUGGUCCAGGAUUUAUUUUCCCUCCUUCAUCGCUGGUAAGCCACUUGCCUUAGAGUGUGGGAAAUGGCUGUAGACCGUUGGUGGCGAUGAUAGUGGUGUUGCUCUAGAUAAUCCAUCCUUUUAUCUCUUAAUAACUUUGAAAACAUGACAGUCCCCCGUUAUGAGUGCGAGUUAAUGAGGCUUCUGCACUACACUAUAGAUCUCUUGUGAGUGUGUUUCAUCAAUCACAUUAUUAUUAUGUUCAAAGCAUUAAAUUUCUUCUUUUUCUCAGGACCAUAAUAAAUUUUAAGUAGAGACAGUGACACAGUUUCCUUUAUUAAAAUUAUUGAAAGAUUGAAGCAGCAUUUGGUGGUUCCAUCACCUAAUGAUAACACUAGCAUCCUGUUACAUAUGUAAGUCGGCUGUACUGUAUAAUGGUCUAGUUUUACAUAUUGUACUUUAGUUGUCAAUAUUGACUUCCUGCAGUCAAGGUUACUCAUAUUGAUAAUUGUGAGCUGAAGGAUACAGUGAUGGCUGCAGUAGGUAUGACUGGUACAGUUUAGUGAUGACUGAUACAAGAUUUAAAGAAGUACCAGUGAGUGCAGUAGUUAAGUGUUGUACCUUCCUCAUCAAGUUUACCUAUAUUUGGUUUCCUACAAAAUGCUAAUUCUGUUUAGGUACAGUGCAAAAAAAUUUAAAAUUUUGUGAUUUUGUAUAUAUGUAGUUUAUCUCUUCAUAGAGUACAGUACAGUACAGUACAGCUGUGUCUUUAUACAGUAAAAGGCUCAGAGAUGGACCCAUAAGAAGUUGAUGAUUUAUACUUUGACAAAAAUUAUCAAGAAUUAUGAUCUGAUGUCUAGAUGAACUAGCAUUUAUGUCUGUGUUCAACUCAAGAAUAUUAUUUUUCUGACAAUUGUAAUACUGUACAUUACUCUGUGUAUAUAUAUACCAUAUACAGUACAUGUACAUAGGUACGGUACAUAUGAAUUAAUUUAUCAUACAGAAAGGCUUUGCCCUCAGUGUUAAGGACUAACUUAUCUCAUUCUUUAUGUUUUACUGAAGACUUAAAAUAUAGUUUAUCUUUUGUAUCAUAAUUGUGGGGACGUGUAGUGUACAGCAUAUUGUUACCCGCAUCUUUACAGAAAAGGAGAGGUUAUUUUGUUUUAGAUGUAUUGUACAGUUUAAAGAAAUGUAGAGGUCAGUUGUUAGGAAAUACUUAUGCCAAAAGUGAUGUAUGUGACUUACUCUAAGAUCCAUUAUUUUAAAAGGGAUGAUUUAAGCUUGUAGUUAUUGUGUGUUGUGAUAUUACUAUUUAGUAAACAUGUAGAGAUUGACUCUAUAAUAUAAAGAAGCAGAAAUACUCUUAUAAAGUAAAUAGUAUAACUCAGUGAGCUCUAAAUAUAUGGACAUCCAUAAUUAUUUUGAAAAUUUCAUGUCAGAAUAGAUCUCAAGCUCUUACGUAUUUUGAUAUUGAUGAAAGACUGUCAUUUGGAGUUAACCUUUAGCAGUAAAAUGAAACAUUAUAUAUAUGUAUAUAUAUAUAUAUAUAUAUAUAUAUAUAUAUAUAUAUAUAUAUAUAUAUAUAUAUAUAUAUAUAUAUAUAUAUAUAUAUAUAUAUAUAUAUAUAUAUAUAUAUAUAUAUAUAAUAAAAGAUGUACAGUUAACCCUGGCUAUUCGUGAGGGAUAGGUUCCAAGGAAUGGUGCAAAUAGCAACUUACACUACCUUAGUUCACUACUGUAUACCUAUACUGUGUGUGUGAGAAACUUAAUCACCAAUACUAUUCUCCUUUUUGUGUGAAAGUUUGGAGCUUGAUGAAGUGUACUGUACAGUAGGAUGAAAUCUGGUUACUGAAGCAUAGGGACAUCAUCAAUAUCACUGUUGGAAGAGGGUGAUGCAUUGGUGGGUGGUGGAGUGGCUGCAGCAGCUGACCGAGUAAAUGAUGGAGAUGAAUCAGCUGGACGAGCAGUUGGCUUUUUCUUGAAAAACAUCGUGAUUGGUAGUUUUUUCUCUUGGCUUCGAGGUCUCUACACAUUUCACUCCACUGACACUGACAUUAGGCAGUCUUUUAGGGGCCAUUUCACACAGAAACACCAAACUUUUCAGAACCAUACAAAAGAUGCUGUGUUGCAGGCAAUGAUUGAGUGCAAACAAAGGGAAAGGAAACACUGCAGGUGUUUGGGGGUGACUCGUUGUGCUGCGAGCAGGCUCAUUAGCUAGCCACCAUCUGGUUACCACGAAUAGCAAGAGUUUACUGUACUGUUCUAUAGAUAAUACAUUUAAUGGUUCAUCCAGCCCAGUGCUUCCAGGAGCAGUUGUACAGUACAGUACCACUUGCUUGAGCGAUAGUGACUGAGGAAAUAUUUAUAGUUUAGUAGUACUGUACUGUACUGUACUGUAGUUAAUAUUUAUAUAUUUUUAUGUUGCUUAACACAAGAGUAUGGUACAUAAGAGAAUGAUAUAAUUUGUUCACUAAUCCAACUUAAUGAUCUCGCUACACUGAACCUUUACUUAUUCAAUAUCAUGGGGCUGUGGGUCCAUCAGUUAGUAAGUCUCAAAUAUUGAAUUGAUCCAAUACGUUGAAAUAACCUUAUAAUAUACCUUGAAAUUGUGUCACAUUUGUGUAAUAUUUCCAACCACUAAAACUCUGCAGACUGUUGAGGUCGUGUUUAACCUAACCUAAUAUAUAUAUAUAUUUUAAGACAGGUAAGACAAAUUCAAAUCACUCGGUGUCAACUGGAACCUGUAAGAUACAUAGAGGUGCUGGUACAGUACAGCAGUCUCUGAGUAACUCGGUCUACCGCAACAUACAGAAUCAUUAUGGUCAUUACAUACAAUAAUUGUUUUACUGUCAUGAGAGUGGAAAUCCCAAGUGGUCAGUUGUCUAAUAUAGAUGGAAAUUAUUUGCACACUUUUCAUUUACAUUGUACAGAAUUUGAUGCUAUUUUUAUGAUUUUCUAAAUGUUUGUGUGUGAAACUUUUUCUUUUGGGAGGCAACGUUGGUUGUGAUAACAGGAGAGUGUGUGAAGACAACUACUGUACUAGGAGAGUGUGUGAAGACAACUACUGUACUAGGAGAGUGUGUGAAGACAACUACUGUACUAGGAGAGUGUGUGAAGACAACUACUGUACUAGGAGAGUGUGUGAAGACAACUACUGUACUAGGAGAGUGUGUGAAGACAACUACUGUACUAGGAGAGUGUGUGAAGACAACUACUGUACUAGGAGAGUGUGUGAAGACAACUACUGUACUAGGAGAGUGUGUGAAGACAACUACUGUACUAGGAGAGUGUGUGAAGACAACUACUGUACUAGGAGAGUGUGUGAAGACAACUACUGUACUAGGAGAGUGUGUGGUGAAGACAACUACUGUACUAGGAGAGUGUGUGAAGACAACUACUGUACUAGGAGAGUGUGUGAAGACAACUACUGUACUAGGAGAGUGUGUGAAGACAACUACUGUACUAGGAGAGUGUGUGAAGACAACUACUGUACUGUAUAUUCAAAUAAAAUAUGGACUUGUAAACACUGUAUCAGACAAGAGUUCAGUGUCCGUAUUUGGUUCACAUGUAAAACUUUUGUUAUAUUCUUUAGGUUUUUUCAUGAUAAUCUAUUUUAACAGUACAAUAAGUGAGGCUCAUAAUAAUGUUGUGUACUGCACAUCCCACCCAAAGCCUUGUUUGCAUUUAAGGAAGUAUGGAAUUUUUUUUGGUCAAAUACAUGUUUUUAUUUUACUAUAAAACAGGAUUUGUGUUAUACUACAGUAGUUCCUCACUUUCCUGCUACCUUCACUCACUGCAAGAUCUUGGGAGUGAGAAAUAUAUUGCCUAACCAAAUUAAUAAAUCUUUUUCUGUCACAUAUCACUCUUCCUAACUAACUGUGCAGUACAGAUUAUAAUGCACUACAAUACAGUGUCAAAAUACUAACCAUGCUCAGAAACACUAUACCGUACAUCACAGUUCUUUAUCUUGACAUAUAGUAUAGUGGCUUCAAAAGAAUCUAAUAUACAUUUCACAUGUGUCUAGAUUCCACCAUCACACAGCACCCCCUUCCCCCCUAUCCUUCAAGCAUACCUUUGGUCUGUAGUAUUUCAACUCCCAUAAGUUUACUCAAGUAUUACUCUUGCUCACCAUUCUAUCUUUUGUCAGUUCUCUUCUAGUUUCCUCUUCUUCCAUAUUUCCUUUCUCCCAAUCUUUUCUUCCUCUUUCUUUCCCCCAAUACUUCCUGCUUCUCUCUCCUCCACAUAAAAUGACAAGCUAAACAAUAAGUAAACAAAUCUUCAACACACUGUUAUCAUGAGGUGGAUUCUUCAAGUGGUGCAUUUUUUUAUAAAAUGAGAGGAGAUGUAGAGAAUUAGCACAGUACAGUACAGUAUGCACUUGGCUGCUGGAUGGGGAGAAAACAAGUACAGCUCUUUGCUUAAUAAAUUAUAUUACAUUACCUGCGUGUUUGAGCGUUGGGUUAAAAUGAUAUACUGUAUUUAAGCUUUUAAGUGAACAGUAAUUGUAAUAGUUUUAGAUUAUAUGUAUAGGGAAAGACCAACAAUAGUAGAUGCAUUUGUAAUUGCUUGUAAGCACUAAUAACGAUUGCCUUUGACGGAAAUUAAUGCUUCUCUUUUCAUGUAUUAUAAUACCAAUCCAGUUUCAUUGUAAUUGUAUGUACUAUAUUUUCUUUUUCGAAAUGUUAGAAGAGUAAUUAUCACAGUGGUAUUACUAGUGUACAAUACUGUAAUAUAUAUUUAUAUAUAUUUGUUCAUUUAUUUCUAGUGGUAGCUUAUUAUCUCUUGAAUCUAAAGAUACUGUAUUUAAAGAUAAUUUUCAAUGAUCACAACUUUAAGUUUCGAAUUAUCAAAAUUUAUGACUUUUAAAUGACAUUAAAAGAUGUAAAAAGUAACAAAUUUUACCAUAUUGUACAAAGUUGACUGGAUCACUUACGUCUGACACUCAUCAGAAUGAUUCUCACAUAAGUAGGACGCACAUUUUUACUUGUUAUUACCUCACAGUUUUUGUUUCCAGAAUCAGUUACUUGUUGCUCUUGUCUUGUACGUAUACCAUAUGUAAUGAAAUUUUCCAUAAUUAUUUUUCAGUGUUCUGUACUGUAAGUUAUUAUUAUUCAUCCUUAUCAAAUGUGUUCACAUAAGUGCAGAGGGACUUGUAAUGUUUUCCUGAGUUACAUUUUAUGUUGAUGACCUUAACUUUUAUUGAUCUCAUAAACUAUAAUGUUGUAAAUCUUGUAAGUGUAGGAGUGUGUUCACAGUUAUAAUUUAAGAGUCAACAUUCCAAUGUAUGGUAUACUGUACGACUGUAUUUUUAAUUUACAUCAUUCCUGUGUCAAUUAACAUCAUUUAUAAUUGAAGUGUAGCUUGAUUUAGUGUGUUCACUUUUAAUUUGUAUUAUUUCAAUUAUUAUAAUUACAGCUAAACAUUAAAUUA